UAUAUCUUUCAUUCGCACGUCUCGUUAACUUGAUGAAAGUUAUUGUGUUAUGCGACCGAGUGAAAAAGAAGUGUGUUUCAAGAUGAUGCUGGCGGUACUGUUAGUUUUUGGAGCUGUUGGUUUGGUGGAAUUGCAAUCAAUACAUCGGAAUAAUGUUGGUUCUCGAUCCAGAUUUUCCAACAUAAAAGAAUAUAAAAAUUCCGCUUAAAAUUCUGAAUGCUUAUUGGUUGUCAACGCGUAACUGUAGGUAAAAGUGGGGACAGGUUUGUAUACAAAAUUUUCAAAUGAUAACGUGAAACGUAUUAUCAAUUUUUUGUCAGUUUCAGUUUCAAAUUAAUUAUUCAAAUUCUAAUUUUACACAUUUAGUUUCGUUCUCGUAUGUAUUUUUUUACGAAAAGUUUUCUAUAUUCGUCUGUAUAAAUGAAAAUGUACAAGAAAUGUCUCACAAUUUUUUUUAUCAUUUGUGGAUCGUCAAUUUUUACGAUUAUUUAUAUUUUUAAACCUAUAUUCCAAGAAGAUUUAACCGCAUCGUAUAGUAAAAAAGUUAGUGUAAUCAAAGAUGAUCUCAUUGAUCAGUACAUUAACGAAUUGGCUCAACGGAAUGAUAUCACCGAAUUCAAACGAAUUCUCAAUCCUAUCCUGGUGGAACGUGUUGUUGGCACCGCGAGCCAUGAAGAAGUCAAAGAGUAUAUCGUUCGUGAAAUGCAAAGUUUGAAAUGGAAUGUAGAACAAGACUCUUUUCACGAUGCUACGCCAAAUCAAGGGAAAUUAUUAUUUACCAAUGUUAUUGCCACCAACAAUCUAUCAGCUUCCAAGUUCCUGGUAUUUGCUUGCCACUAUGAUUCCAAAUUGAUGAAUUUUAAAUUCAUCGCAGCUACAGACUCGGCAGUUCCUUGCGCUAUGUUGAUAUACUUCGCUAAAGUUUUUGGUAGCUUGAAAAAAUCCAUACCUUCAUCUAUAGGUUUGAAAUUCAUAUUUUUUGAUGGCGAAGAAGCUUUUGUUAGUUGGACAGCGACAGAUUCAGUCUACGGAGCACGUCAUUUAGCUAGUCAAAUGGAAGCCAGAAGUAAUUUAAAUCAAAUAGACUUAAUGGUGCUGCUGGAUUUACUUGGCGACUCGUCACCACAGUUUUAUAGUUUUUUUUCCAACACACACAGCCAGUAUCGUAAGUUGGUAACGAUUGAGAAACGUCUAAAAUCAAAAAAUUUAUUAGCGGCGGAAAAACCACCGACUCGGUAUUUUACCGGUACUAAAUUCUUCGGAGCUGAUAUCAAAGACGAUCACGAACCGUUUUUGGUCAAAGGCGUUCCUGUUCUUCAUAUCAUUCCUCUUCCUUUUCCAAACGUUUGGCAUACUGAAUUCGAUAACGAAAACAUAAUCAAUUACGAUACUGUGAAAAAUUUAUUGUUGAUCUUCGAAGUGUUCAUUGUGCAAUAUUUGACCGAUGCGGAAUCGAGCUUUCCUGUUUGAAAGCUGUUCAUCUCUGUGAUAGAAUUCAGUUUUUUCCUUCUUUUAUAAAAAGAAUCUUUUGCAUUUGUUAUUAUAUUUUAAUUGUUUGUGUUUAUUUUUAAAAUAAUUUUCCAUCCGUUUACAUUUAAUGAUAUUUUGUAAUUUCAUGUGGAUGGUUGUUUGAAAACUGAUCUGAUUUUCAUUUUGUGACCCCUGACCCAUUUAUUGCAUUUUAAAUAAUUGUUGUUUUUUGUGAUGAAUAAAUUUGUUGAUUUUUUUGAAACAAUUUUCAAUAUUUCAAUUUUACAAAUACCUACAUAAUCAUUUGUAUUCGAAAUCGUGAAUUCGUGAAUGACCUUCUAGCAGGUGUUGGCGAACGAAACUUUUUUAUUUUCUGUGGUGAGUUUUUACUAAAUGAAUAAUUAGAAAACAUACCUGAAGAAAUGGCGAUGUUUUUUUUUUUUUUUUAAGUCACAUUAAAUGACAAAAAUUACUUCAACUCAUAAAUUCAUUUUUAAAUGUCCUCGAGACUCGACAGUUGAUACAUAAGUUUUUUAAAGUUAUUAUUUCAUUAAAUCGCUUGGUAGAGAAAAUUACUAUCAAGAUGCACAUGCAAUCCCUGUGAAGCAAUGGGUGACAGCAAUAAAUAUCAAUAUUGCGUUUCAAUCAAAAAAUACAAAAAUUACAAAUAUUUACUUCAUUAAUUUCAAAAUAAUUCUUUAUAUGUAAUUUUGAUUCGAAGAGUUACAUAGUCACUACUACGAAUCCAUGUUACCUAUAUUUACAAACAAAGCUACACGAAUACAUGAAUUUAAAACUAAAAAUGCAUCCAAGCACGACCUUCGAGGGUCGUGAUCCAAGGCUAAAAGUAUUAUUUUUUUGCUCAUGCAAAAAGAGAGUAUUUGACAUGACUAAUGUAGGUAAAUUGGGCUACACUUUUUUGAUUGGAGAUACUAUUUUGAAAAAUUCGUACAAAACUCAUUACAUUAUAAUACCUAAGUAUCAAUUAAACGAAGCAUUGUUAUCACAGUAAGAGAAACAAUAAUUUAAAGGUCUAAGUAUAAACUAGAGGUUGAGUUAUUGCUACGACAAUAAAUAUGCGACGAACAUGGGCUUCUCCUAAUAAUACAAUAUUAAAAUAUAAUACUAUCGUACCUACUUAUUUUUAAGAGAAAAAUUUUAAAAAUGAAGAAAAAACAAAUCAGUUAGGAGAAGCUGAUAUUCAUUGCAUGGACUUGGGAAAAUUAUUUUUAAUAAGCGUAAAA